AUGGUGGAAAUGCUCCUGAAGGCACAGAAGUAUAUGAAUGUUGAAGAUGCUUUAGCUGCCAUAAAGGAUGCCGAGAAGCCAGGCGACAAGGCCAAGAGGGAAGACGAUCGUAGGGGGCAGAAGAGAGAUCGACCAGAUCGUCGGAACAAUGACGGGAACAGGAGGAAAGAUGAUAAAAAUCCUCGAACAAAUAAGUACUGCCGGUUCCACAAAGAUCAUGGCCACAACACGGAGGAUUGCAGAGACCUAAAGGAGCAAAUAGAGGAGUUAAUACGGAAAGGGAAGUUACAGAAAUAUGUGAAGAAAGGAGAAUAUAGCAAGUUCAGGGACAACAAUAAAAUCCAGCAUGAAUCCUUCUCCCAGGAUGACGACCGUCCGUCCCAACCUCCACACAAGGUGAUCGGGGAGAUAAACACGAUUACAGGAAGGCCGUUUUCAGGAGGAUCAUUUAAAUCACUCAAAAAGGCAUACCAGAGACAGGUGAACAGCGUCCACGCCAUACCUCCGUCCAAGCACCGACGAACAUACCAGGACAUUUCCUUCAGUGAAGGAGACACCAUGGGAGUGAAGCAGCCCCACAACGAUCCCUUGGUCAUAAUGCUGAAUAUAGAAGGGUUCAAUACCAAGAGGAUCCUCAUCGAUAAUGGAAGUUCCGCGGACAUCAUCUACCUCCCAACCUUCCAGCAGCUGAAACUAGAUCCGAAAAGACUACGCCCUUUUGACUCUCCACUCAUCAGCUUCAGCGGAGACAGGGUCUACCCAGGAGCAUAG